GAUCGGUGUAGUCUGUGUUGUGUGACGUUUUUAGCCAUAGCACGACUUUAAUUCUAAAAACUACUAACAAACAUACUGCAUUUUAUUUCACGAAAUCAAUCGUUUGCGAAAAGUAUUUAUUUAAAAUUAGAAUAAUAAAUCUAAAUCGAACAACGAAUAUAGCAAUAAGAACCAUUGGUUGGGAUGUCCGAUUUUAGUUUGUGACGUCAUGCGCAAAACAGUUCAUUCCUCAUUCCCUCCGUAUAUCUAUCCAGCUGUCCGUGGUUUGGCAGUCCGGUGAACGAAUUUCUCAGGGUGAUUAUUACGUAGGUUUUAUGUUGGUGGCCUUUUCCACGAACGACGGUGGAAAUUCAAGGUGUUAUAAUAUCGAUACACGAUCGAGUGCCAAUCGGAAAUCUGUUAGGUAGAAUUAAUUUUGAACAACCUAUAACGGUAUUGUACGAUAGGGUGGCCUUCGGACUGACAAACGGUAAAGACGUACGCAGCAGAAACAACUGGCGUUUUCGUAUAUGUGACGAGGUUUCUCGAAGUAACCGUCGUGCGGAAUUGUGAUUUCUUUUAUUGAAAAACAAUAUUAACGUGAGUUGUGGACGGUAUUGUAACGUUUGGGAUUUACUUGUAUCAACGGUUUGGGAGCGACAAGCCUAUUUGUGAGGGAUGUCUACCCCCGCAAGAAGGAGACUAAUGAGAGACUUUAAGAGAUUACAAGAAGAUCCACCUACUGGAGUAUCAGGAGCACCUACAGACAAUAAUAUUAUGAUAUGGAACGCAGUUAUAUUUGGACCACAUGACACUCCAUUUGAAGAUGGUACCUUUAAACUUACAAUAGAAUUUACAGAAGAAUAUCCAAACAAACCACCUACAGUGAGAUUUAUUAGUAAGAUGUUUCACCCCAAUGUGUAUGCUGAUGGAGGCAUCUGUUUGGACAUAUUACAGAAUCGUUGGAGCCCUACUUAUGACGUAUCUGCUAUUCUAACAUCCAUACAGUCGCUGUUAAGUGACCCGAACCCGAAUUCGCCUGCCAACUCCAUGGCAGCACAACUGUACAAAGAGAACCGACGUGAAUAUGAGAAGCGAGUGAAGGCUUGCGUGGAGCAGAGUUUUACGGAUUAGUCGCAGGCGUUUCCACAAUGCUGUUGCAGCAUCAAUCAGCCACCUACAGCCAUCAGAUACAGUGGAGAACGUGCAGCCUUACCAAGAAGCUAACGCUAAAUAUAUUAGCAUGUUUCUUCCUAAAGCUCUAUUGAACUACCACAAUGUGCAACAUUAGACCGAAUUUUUACAAUGUUGAAUAAUAAAUUAUUAUAAAAUUGUGUAUUUA